AUGGCGGAUGCGAAUUAUUUUACUUGUACGCUGGGCGAAGCUGCGAGAUUGAAGCGAGAGGACGACAAUGCCGAAACAUGGACAACAGUGGUGGAAUUGAUAGAUGACCAGGCUGAGAGAAUUCCUGAUGCACCGGCUUUGGGUUUCGCGACAUUUACACAUUUGAAGUCUACCCAAGACACAUCAAAGCAUGCCGCAGCGAUACUUUCAACUCAUUUGCCAAAGGAACCCAAGUCCCUGAAAAUAGGCGUUCUAUCGUCUAGUAGCACCGAGUUUGUCUUGACAUGGCUCGGUUUGAUGCGCUUGGGCUAUACUGUUUUGCUUCUUGCGCCUCAAUUGGCGCCACCCGCUGUUCAGCAUCUUUGUGAGACUCUAGACAUUAGACAUGUUUUCGUUGAUGACAUCUACGAAUACAGAGCGCGCGGGCUCUCCGACGACAUUGAGAUCAUCAAAAUACCUUCAUAUAAAGAUGAUUCACCAACAGAUAGCUUGGAGCAGACCCCCGGUGUUUCGGAAACAGCGUACAUAUGUCACACUUCGGGAACUUCAUCAGGACUACCGAAGCCUAUCCCCCAAACGCAGUUCGGAGUGAUGGGAGCUCUGUACAGUUUUCCCGGAAAGAACAAGCCUGCGACAUUUUCCACUACUCCCCUCUAUCAUGGUGGAUUCCCAGAUUGCCUAAGGGCGUGGACAAGCGGUGCUUCGAUAUGGUUCUUCUCCGAAGGACAGGCUCCCAUCACAGGCGCCAAUAUUAUGAGAGCCAUCGAGUUUGCACGCUCGCACAGUCCAAUACCCGUCAAAUACUUCUCAUCAGUCCCGUAUGUGCUUCAGAUGCUGUCAGAAGAGUAUGGGGGCAUCGAAGUUCUUCAGACAAUGGACCUGGUUGGUGUCGGCGGCGCUGCUCUCCCGCCAGCCAUAGGCGACAAGCUCGUAGACGAAGGCGUGAAUCUCCUCUCGCGCAUGGGGAGUGCAGAAUGUGGGUUUCUGAUGUCUUCACAUAGGGGCUAUGCCAAAGACAAGGACUGGCAAUUCCUCCGGGCCAUUAAUGAUCCAAAGCUUAUCGAAUUCGAACCUCGCGAGAAUGGACUCUCGGAGCUUGUUGUGAAGCCUGACUGGCCUUUCUUGAUCAAAACAAAUCGCGAAGAUGGAUCAUAUGCGACUUCUGAUCUGUUUGAACCACACUCAUCAAUCCCCAAUGCGUGGCGGUAUCACAGCAGAGCCGAUGCACAGAUCACUCUUGCUAACGGAAAGAAGUUUGAUCCUUCGCCUAUUGAAGGAAGCAUACUUGCUUCUAGCAAACUACUACAGGACGUUCUCAUCUUUGGCAGUGGAAGAGACUAUGCCGGAGCACUUCUCUUCCCUUCCUCGAGCGACCUCAGUGCAGAUGAAGUGAUCGGAUCAGUCUGGCCGCAUAUCGACAAGUUGAACGCGGACAGUCAAACCCAUACUCGAAUCAACAAAACGAUGCUGUUAGUAGUCCCUGUCAAAGAGGGUGUGAAACCGCUGGAGAAGAGUAGCAAGGGGACUAUCCUUCGCCGGCAAGCUGAAGAGAAGUACUCGGAUGAAAUUGAAGGGGCUUACAGCAACACUUCAUCUUCGACGAAAAUCCCUCAAGAGGGGCUUCAAAAGGCGGUUCAAGAUUGCUUUGAGCAAGUCCUCGGCCAGCAUGUUGAGCCGGAUCAAGACUUGUAUCGCCAGGGCGUGGACUCCAUCGCUUGUAUACAAAUCCGAAAGCUACUUGAACAGACUUGUCUAUCGUCCGAGGAUGGUCGGCUUCCUCUGAAUGUCAUCUACGAUCAAGGCACCGUCAACUCGCUCGUUGAGUAUUUGGAACGAGCAAAUUCAGGCGAUUCAGGCGACUACGAGCUGAACGCUGACCUCGAUGAGUCAGAACUCAACCUCAUGCAAGCUCUCGCUGAGAAGUACAGCAAUUUUGAUCCAGCCUCGCAUGAUACCAGCAGUAUCAUUGGGGCAGGGGCAUCCUCUUUUGCGAGUGGUGGCAGAACCCAAGCACAGCAAAAUCGCGAAGCAUUAGAUGAAAAGAAAGGGCUAGCCCAGAUGGCUAUGAAGAUCGUUCAAGACCCCAAUGAUCGCCCCACGCGCGUGGUACUCACCGGCGCGACGGGGUUCCUCGGGGCACAUAUACUUCAUCUUCUUCGGGAUGACCCAAAAGUUGACAGGAUCUACUGUCUGCUCCGAGCUGACGGUCCAUUUGCAGCUCAGAAACGGAUAUCUGAAGCCCUCUUCCAACGAUUUCUACCACCUCUAGAACCACGUCAGGAUAAAGUCGUCUGUCUUCCGUGCGAUUUAACGCAGAGUGAUCUUGGACUUUCUGGACAACAGCUUCGGGAGAUUUCGGCGACUGCUACGAAGAUAAUUCACUCAGCCUGGGCGGUCAACUUUAGUCUUCGACUCAACUCAUUCGAAGAUCAGAUUUUGAGUACAAAAAACUUGAUCAAUAUCGCUAUAGAGACUGAUGCGCAAUUCAUCUUUGUCAGCUCCAUUGCGGCAGUGAGUGACUCUACUUCUCGACCGAUUGCUGAAAAGCUCUCCCAGGACCCUAGAGAAGCUUCACUACUUGGCUACUCACGCUCCAAGUGGGUAGCCGAACAGAUCUGCGAUGCGGUGAACAAGAAACAUGAGUCUCCUCUGGCCUCGAUCGUUCGGGUCGGUCAACUUUGUAGUAAUGAAGCUGGAGUCUGGAAUACCACCGAGGCGUAUCCGCUACUGCUCUCAACAUCCAAGAUUAUAGGAUGUCUGCCUGAUCUUCCAAAUGAAGUGCUCAACUGGCUUCCCGUCGAGCAAGCUGCCCAAGCUGUUGUCGAAAUUGCAUCCACCACCUCCAAUGGCUCGGGGACGCCUGUCUACCAUGUCUUGAACCCACAUACCACGCCAACGUGGAAAGAAAUGCUGGACUGGUUAGCUACCAGUAACGAGAGCCCUGGGUUUGAGAUCGUCUCAUCAUCGGAGUGGCUUGAGCGCUUGGAGAAGGCGUUGAGCGACGACAGCGCCAAUCAUCCGUCACAGGCUCUUCUAGGUCUGUGGAAGGGGUCAUAUGCCAAGGAUAAGGAGAAUGGAGGUGCAAGUGAGGGUCAUGAGAGUUCUUUAUUCGAUGUUGCUCAGACACAGAAGGUCUCUGCUUCAAUACGGGACGUUAAGCCACUGACUCGUGAGCGGCUGAUCAAGACUUGGAAGUGGGUGAACGAGAAUAUCAAGGGCUGA